CAGUGAUUUUUUUUUUAAUCCAAGGUGCUGUGUUAGUGGAAUAGUUCGUUCGACACAAAUUUCGUGCAGGACCAAUGAUGGUUUUUGCAUGAGAAAUGAGCGCCAAUUGCUGAGGAUCAUGUUUCGCGUGGCUCAAGUAGCAAUUUUCGCGAUGCUCGCGACAGCUGCUGCAAGUUUGCCGAUGCGAUACGACGAACAAUUGGCUCCAGGGAUUUCUGCUGAUCAGGCAUGGAGAGCAGCCAUGCUUGCUCAAGCCAGGUUGGCCGGAUACGAGCGGAUGCCAGCGGAAACAGGAAAUGAGUUGUGGCAGGGCGAAGUCGCGCAGGAACCCGAGGAGGCGUUACCAGGAGAUCCGCAAAUAUCAUACUCUCGCCUGCAAAUCCCCGCGCUGAAUCAGCCCGUCGGCGAGCGUGUCCAGGGCCCGACAGACGACAGCGGCUUUUCAAUGCUUCUAGCCCGACACCCGGCGGUUGUGCCGACGUCGUCGACGACCACGACGUCCACGGGGCACGGGAAAUUCGUGGAAGAAUUCGCCGGGCCUCGCCAGGAAUCCUCGGCGUCCGUGUCGGUGUUGGUGUUGGGUUCGGGGUCCGCCGUCGCGGUUGCGGUGCUAGUGCUCGUCGCGGUCGUGUUGCUCGUGCGCAAACGGCGGCUCAGCAGGGCGUCCCUCAAGUCCUUGCCGCCGCCGAAAAUCCUCAUCAACUCGCCCUUGGAGCCGUACAUGACAAAGCGCGGUGCCCCGUUUACGUUUCCGUACGUCAGCAUCCCACAAGUUCGAAAGGCAUCCGAAGCGACAGAUCCGUACAUUCCAAUGCGCCGCCACGGAGUCAGUCUCGGAGCCACUGGCGCGGGUUCAGGCGACGACGCCACGGGUUCCUCGCUGAACCCCGCGGUGGUCGCUGUUCAGCGUCCUUCGUUCCGCGAAUCCAUCUACGACCCAUCCGACUCCCGCAGAAAUUCGAAUGCUGAAAAUUCAGAAACGGACGACCCGUCGGCUAUAGCAGCGGAAAUUGCUGCCGCCGAAAUGCCCCGUAGCGAGUCGGCCAACUCCCUCGUGUCCACGCUCGGGAAAGUCGGGUUCAUGCUGCAGUACAGCCCGGAAACGGAAGAAUUGAAGGUUUAUAUCAUUGGGGCAUCUGGAUUGAACGCCAAGUCAAGAAGGCACAGUGUAGACCCUUUCAUCCGCCUCACCAUCAUCCCUGACAAACACCAGAAGUUUUCCACGAAAGUCAAGCGCAACACUUCGAACCCGAUAUAUGACGAGGAAUUUGCUUUCAGCAUCAAAAAAACAGCACUGGAUGACAAGCACUUGAAACUGAAGGCUUGCGACUACGACAAGUUUUCGCGUCAAAUCGUCAUCGGCUACGUCAAGUUCGAGCUGAAAGAAGCCGGGAUUCACUCAGGAGUGACCCGCGAAGUAAAAACCGGGGAAUUCUGGAGAGAACUGAAGGAGACUCUGGACACGGACACCGAAAGGUGCAGCGUUGGCGGAGUACUGCUGAGUCUCAAGUACGAUGAGAUCUCCAGGUUGUUUAGCAUCGACUGCAUCCAGGCCAGGGAACUGCGUUGGCAAAGAGAGUCAACCUCUGGAUUGCGCUUCGAUAACGAAUCAAUAGGAGGAUUGUAUGUCAAGUUCGAGUUGUACGAAGGGAAGCGUGUCAUCAAGUCAAAGAAAACGGACAUAGUUCGCGGCACCAAGGACCCCAUUUUCGACGAAACUUUCAACAUGCACGUUCCUGGCAACUACUUGUACGAUAUCUUCUGCGAAGUUUCGGUCUGGUACAAAGGCCGGUUUGGCCGCAAAAAAUGCAUAGGGAAAGCAGCAGUGGGCCCGGUGUCUUUCGUGUCUAGUCCUCCAGGCGUGGCCCAUUGGGACGAGAUGAUGCAAAAACCAAACGUGAAGGUCAGCCAGUGGCACACUCUCCAGCAGUAAAAAAAGGAUCACCACAGUCGAAAAAAAAAACUGCGAGACUCCAAUAUUUUGAUGGUUGGAAGCUUUCACGACCGCAGAGAGAAAUGGGACCAUUACACCAGUUUCACGAACGAAACCGAGAAGAUUUUUCUUGAGGACGGACCAACUUUUUAACGCGUUAGUGAUGUUACGCAAUCAUGAUCGUCGCGUGGUCUGGAAAAUUAUUUUUUUUAUGGUCGGAAGGUGAAGGUGUGAAUAGCAAAACUAAAACCAAGAAGCCCGAUGCGAUCGAAACUUUUUGGGGGAACCCCCACCAACGAGUCAUUGCGAAUCUGAAGAAGUAUUAUUUUUAUGUUACCGCGUACAGUAAUUGUAAAUCGUGUUUCAAAUUGAAUGACAACCGCAAAUCACCAUGAGUAGACAUGGAAUACGCUUUACUGAUUUGUAUUUAUUGAAAGGAGGAAAAGGAGAUACCGAUAUCCCCUAGUAGUGAGUUCUUUUUGCACCUCGAUUUCGGC